AUGCUCGUUUUACCGUUUGAGAUCUGGUUCUCGAUCGAGCACAUGAACGACAUCGACAAACUGAUGGAAUGCUUCGGGAUCCUCACGGGGAUUCUCGGAUACGGAUCCAAGUUACUCAUGCUGCGAUUAAGCUGGAGGUCGGUUUCGAGUUUAGUCCAAAUUAUCAUCAGCGAUUACGAAGCCACGAGGGAGCCAGCUUUGAGGGCUGCGCUACUGAAAAACUACAAAAUAGGCACUGGUGUGACGAAACUGCUCUUCGGGACCUACACGAGUCUGGCCUUCUUCAUACCGAUUGAAAAUUGCAUUAGAAUUGCGCGAAACGGCUACACGCCGAGCUUAUUGUACAGUGUCCCGACGAGUUAUCCCAUGAUAAAGAAGACAGCGAAAAAUCACAUCAUGGUGAAUUUCGUGCAAUUGACGCAAGUUAUCGUUGCUGGUUCCGGGCACGCUUUGUGCGACGUAUUCUUCACCGUACUAGUGAUGCACGCGGCUUUCAAAUCGCUCGUUCUGCGAACAGCUAUAAAAAGAUAUUUCGAAGUGUGCACGAGACAAAAGAAAGAUCUGAAAGUCAUUAGCGACGCGAUGAACCGCGUUAUCCUAUAUCACAGGGAAUUUUUGAAAUUCACUCAGAUAUUCGAAGACGCUUACUGCUACGUUGUGUUCUGUCAAAUAUUUUGUAUAACUUUGCAGACGGUGGGAUCAGGAUAUAUUUUGAUACUCUUAGCUGAGGAUCAAAAAAUGUGGAGCGUUGAAUUUUUGAAGUACAUAAAUUUUAUCAUGGUCGAUGUGUUCAGUAUAAUGGCAUACUGUACCGCGGGAGAGUACUACACACAUCAGAGUAUAAAAAUUUACGAACAACUUUGCAAAUCUUCUUGGUACGAUUUAAGCAUAUCCGAAAUGAAGUCCGUUUUAUUUCUCAUGAUUCAUACGCAAAAAUUCGUCGCUAUAACUUCGGGAAAAUUCAAGAAUUUACAGCUGGAUUGCUGCACGUCCAUAAUGAAAGGGACGUAUUCGUAUUUAUCGAUGUUCCGGGCUACGCGUAAUCGUGAUUGA